ACGUAUGUCCUUCUCGUACGCAAUACUCGCGCAAAGCUUCAGAUAGUAGCGCGAAAAAGUGCCCGACGACCUUCAGCAGACUAAACCACGAUUCCUACUGUAUGGUAUUGGUCGUAUGCACCAAUAAGCCCACCGGAAGAUGAGGGUCCGAGUACCCUCGCUACAUGGAGAUACAUGUGGUCUCGCAGGGAUGCGACGAUGCAUCUGUCCAAAGACCCUUCAUCGCAUAGGACCAGCCGGAUGCUGGUAUUACAAGAAGUGCCCUCUUACUUGUUUGAGCAUUUCACCUUCAUAUUGACAGACACCAAAUGUAUCUGUCACCGUAUUGUCGAAGCUUUCUCCAAAGCCCUUUCACCGAGGCAUCGCGUCUGUGUACGAAAAAUUGUCAUACCGUUCUUCACCAACCGAACCUCUUUCGUUCGCCCGCACCUUAGCAAACAUUGGAAAGAAGACCCCGACGUACUCGAAAAACUAGACCGAAGAGGCCAUAUUAAAGUUGCGUCGACACUGCUGAAACUGUUGCGUCAGGACCUUUCCUAUGCUCUCUCACUGCUAAACUCGAUGCCGGCUCUUAAGAACCUCGAACUGGGUGUCGACGUCACCGAAGUCGUCGCGUAUGAUGCCAACAGUAAGACUUUCAUCCCGCCUAGCAGUGCUCGGUUCCCCAUAUUACUGGCUACAUUGCGGUCGUCUGGAACAUUCGCUCUCAAUCACCCUUUAUCUAUAGCGCUGCACUCGAUCAAAAGUAUGGGGAAGCUUCGACAAGUUGAAUUGAAGUUGAAGUGGAGCAACUUUAUCUUCGAUUCAUACAACAGGGCUGGUCGUAGAUUUCCGCGGGAAUGGACGCAGACUGUUAAAGAAGAAUUGGAAGGGUUGUUCGAAGACUUCUUGCGGCGUGAGCCCUGGCCUGGGUGGCCUAGUCGGAGCGGAAAUAAGCAGAGCCUAAUUCCCACUUAGAUGGCAUAUGACUUAAUUCUAUCUCAGCUUACGUCGACAAGAAU